AUGCCCAACCCUCCUCACCAAGCCAAGAACCCGGAGAUCACCUCCCUCCCGGCUACUGCCCCAAUUGAGGAGAUUGCGAGUGUCAUCCGGCGAGAUGGCGGCAUCAUCAUCAAGGGUUUUGUGACUCCAGAGGAUAUUGAUCAAAUGGAUGCAGAGUCUGCUCCCUGGUUCGAGAAGCUAAGAACGCUCAAGUACGAGGGUCACCUCUUCCCCCCCUCGGACCCUCCUCUCAGCAAUUUUGCGGGCAAGUCCAGGACCUUCUCCCACAAAUGCAUCAAUCACCCCACCUACCGCGACACCGCGAAGGAAUUGCUCCGAGAGGUUUCGCGCCCAUUCCGUGACGGCAAGAGAUACGAAUGCGUCUCGAACCCUGUUCUAGCAGUUUCGGAGGCAUUCUCUCGCGGCAAAUCUGCCGCUCAACCCCUUCACCGUGACGACAUGGCCCAACACUUUGACCACAUUGAGGGCAGUGGCGAAAGCAGUUUGCUUGGUCUCUUGGUUGCCGGCACCCGCUGCAUCUACGAGAACGGAGCGACUCAGAUCAUCGUCGGUUCCCACAAGUGGCCCGAAGCCGAUCAAAGGGGUCCUGCUGAUCGCUCCCUUUGCUCCACCGCCGAGAUGGACAAGGGUGAUGCUGUAUUCAUCAUCGGCAGUGUCUGGCACGGCGCUGGUGCCAAUCAGCUCGAGAACGAGAGAAGAAAUAUCUACUCGUGCCACAUGACCCGCGGAUCGUACCGCGCGGAUGAGAACCAGUAUGUCGGCAUCCAGCACGAUGUUAUCAAGACAUACGAGCCCCAAGUUCAGGCUCUUCUGGGAUACUCAAUCAGCGAGCCGUUUUGUGGCCAUGUCGAUAUGAAGGAUCCUAUUGAACUUCUCGGCAGCAAGGAAGAUCCAUUUCAGUAUGGCACCUUUGAGGGCAGGCCUCUGGCGACUACCGUUGUGGCUUGA